CAAACUUCAUCUGCCGUAUGAUGUCACCUUGUUUACCUCGCAUAUGUGUACGCCCACGCAGCAGGAUACUUGAACUUGCAAAACCCAAGACAGUAUUUCAUGAAAGCAGUCCCACGCUUGUAUGGGGAAACCAAGAGACAAUAUGGCCCCUCUCAGGGGGUGCUAUGACAGCUCAACCAUCUGCAAGAAUAUUGGCUCUAUCCAGGCCCAAGGAAUAUUUUAGCACGUACCAGUGCAGGUGCAGACCAAUGAUCGGUGGGCGUACCGCACUAGCAAAGUUUGGCUACCCUUCUGAACGGCUGCUGAGGUUGGCUGAACCUAAAAAAAUCCCCACUGCUGCUCUGGUGAGAAGAUCCCCUGAGUUGUCCGUGUCCCUGGCUGCACAGAACUAUACUGCCUCCAAGCGCAUACUGGAGCUUGCCCAGCCAAAGAAGGUGCACCCAGACUUCAUGCCGCCCAGAGAGGUGCCAACACAAAUUUCCAGCUUUGCAACCUUGGCCAAUGCAUCAGCACGGGUCCAGAAGCUCGCAGAGCCCUUGAUAAGGGAGACAACCUGCUGCACUAAGCACACCCAUCCUGGUGAUCUCAUCUCUUCGGUUUCCAGGUCAUCUCAGAAGGCAGUUGCAAGCCCUCGGACCAUUGAGCUUUCGAAGCCGAAACAAGUCCAUGCUAAGUACAUGCCCCCACGGGAUCCUGAGUGGCCUGUGACAGAAGCUGCCAAGCACGCAGUGGCUACACCAAGGGUUGUGGAGCUGGCCCAGCCUAGCACAAGACCUCGUAUGGGCUUGACUACACUCAACCCAGAUGCAUUCAAAGUGAAGGAGGCUGCUAUAAAGGCAGCUUGUUCUCCACGGAUCGAAGAACUAGCUCGACCAAUUCAGCGCUAAGCACCCUCAGAAAUGCUCCUGCUAUCUGCCCACAUCACCCCUUGGAACAUCACUCUCUCUGGCCUGUGCUGUGGCUCGAAAAUCUCCUUGAACACAGUGCAGAGGUAGCACUCAGCAGGAGCACUUUCUGUGAGUUCAAAUAAAAGCAUCAUUCCUUAAGAAUA